CCAGACCUUCCUGUUGCCAUCCAGGACAGCAAUUCAAACACCCUCAUAUGUUGUGUUCUUUAACCGUACUCCUUAAUUCCUGGAUUCUUUUGGCGCCGUGAACAUGGGAGGCAGGGAGGAGGUCAUGGUGACCAGGGGACAAGAGCCCACCGUGCAGUUUUCACGAUGGAAACCGAUGAGGGUCAGAAUCUUAAAGGCACACAAAGUACACAGCAAGAAAUCCAGAGAUCCCAGCCCCACCGAGAUGAGCGCGGAGCCCUGGGCCAGCCCGCAGGACCGAGCUGCCGCUGAGCACAGCGCACACACGCCGCCGCCCUCGCCGCCCUCCCAGGACCAGCAUCCCGACGAACACUACCUGAAAUCCUUCUGGGAAGAAGAAGUGGAGAACAUCCGACGGGGAGGUGGCCUCGCGGAGCCCGAUUGCAUCCGCAGGGAUUCCCGACAAUCGGAAGAGGGGGAACAAGAGGAGUGGUGGCUGAACGAUGCCGGUCUAUCCCCCCUCAUCAGCGAGGACAGCGCGGAUUUGGAUGGCGGGCUUCUGUCCACGCUAACGCCGGCACAGUCCGAGGCAGUCCAGCGCAGAGUUAAUACCUACACCAUGUCCCUACGCAAGAGGAACAAAACGGCUCCGCGCCACGUACGCGACAUCUUCGACACGCCUAUCCGUCAGCAGGGAUUUUCCGAGUCUCAGCAUAGUGAAGAACUGACCCAGAACACGAGGGCAUCAGUCUCCAAAAGCUCACGCUCAGCUCCCACGGAGGUUUUCUACACCGAAGUGGCUUAUUGUGAACAGGCCGCCGCCGCCUUGUUCAAUCGGGCCCGAAUGUCGCCCAACAAUAUCCAGCAGAGGAAGGAGGACGCGACCUUACCUCGGUUAAUCUGCUGCAAGUGCCGCCUGGGAGUCACUCGAAUUCAAGACCUGUCUCACGCUGACAUGAAGAAAGUGCGCCAGUUGGCUCUCAUCGAUAUGACGGCGCUGUGCGACCUCAUCGGCCUGGAGGUGAAGCGGCACAAGACGGCCAAGAGGAAAAUGUCAGAGAGCCCGUUGUUCGGCGUGCCGCUGGCCACGUUGCUUGAGAACGACCAGAAAGUCAAGAUGGCGACAACCACUCCUCUCUUCCUGCAAGAGAUAUUAACCUUCCUGGAGAAGAGGGGAGUGGAUUCCGAGGGGAUCCUGCGGGUUCCAGGAUCUAUGUCUAGAAUCAAGUUGCUGCAACAGAACCUGGAGGCCAACCUCUAUACAGGCCAGGUCAAAUGGGAGGAAGUGAGUCCCAACGACGCCGCCGCGCUUCUCAAGAAAUUCAUCCGAGAGCUCCCCGCUCCUCUGCUCACCGCUGAGUACCUCAACACCUUUAGCGCCGUCAGAGACAUCACCGAGCUCAAGCAGAAACUUCACGUGCUGAACCUUCUUAUUCUCUUGCUGCCAGAAGCCAACAGGAACACUCUGAAGGCCCUGUUGGAGUUUCUCAGCAAGGUGGUGUCCCAAGAGAAGAGGAACAGGAUGAACCUGUGGGCCGUGGCAACUAUCAUGGCUCCCAACCUGUUCCUCCACAAGGCCGUGCCCAGUAGGCUGACCGAGGGGGCCGAGAAAGGGCUAGUGGAGAAGGCCGCUGAUGUCAUGAGACUGCUCAUCUACUACCAGGACCUGCUUUGGACGAUUCCAAUUUUUGUCAUGAACCAAGUGCGCAAGCUGAACGAGAAUAACAGCCGGCGCUACCAUUUCAAGAACCUGCUGAGGAAGAGCCAUACCGAGAGCAAGGAAAAACCUGAGAAAAAUACCUCAGAGGCAUGCCGUAGGGUGAAGAUCUACGUUGGGGACCAGUUUAGCGCCUGCAUGGACUUCCAGAUCAACAAGGAGUUACGAGCGUCCGACCUGCUGACCCACUUUUAUCAGCAGUUCAUUCUCGGACCUGAAACUGGGAAGGGCCAACGCCGAAGGAAUGGCUCCGUGUCCUACUCGGAGUGCACCCUGUACGAAGUGGGAGGGAACAUCGGUGAGCACCGCCUGGACCCCGACACAUACCUUCUGGAUUUGUACAACAGCAACUCCGGAGGGGAGUGGGUCCUCAAGAUGAAGCCCCACACCAAUAAAAGCUUGUGAAAGGAUGAAUUCAAGAAGACAGAAGGAAGAGUCCGAGGCCAUUUCAUGGUGAGAGCAACACGGCAGAAGCAUCCAGAUGGAGGACAGAUGAACACUCACUCUGCCUUGAGCAAAAUGGUCCAAAAAAAAUCCAUGCUCACCCUCUCCACCUCUAUGCUUCUGCAUCUCUCCUCUUUUGGACAUGACUCAUUAUUUCCUGCUGAAGGACCUGCUGCUCCAUUGACAGCAGUGAGAGAGAGCGAAAGAGGAUCCCUGGGCAGUUUUGGUGCCCCAUCGUUUCUCUCCAGCAGUCAUCGCCAGUCGAGAGCGAGCAGAUGGCCCCGCAGAUCACCUCUGGCUAUACAACCCCCCCACCCCCUUCUGCCACCACCUCCCCCGCCCCGCCCCAUCGGCAGUCUGACACACACAAGCUUUUAUGUGUGCACUUUAUUGCAAGAAAGUUGAAGUUCAUCCCUGCUCAUACUCGUACAAUGGUUCAGUGCCUUGCUCAAAGGGAAGAGAACAAGCAAAUUGUCCUGACCGCCCAAUUUUCUUUUAUCCAAUCCUCUGUAAGGAAAAAAAAAAAGAAAAGUAUUUUAGAGGUCGCCAACAUGACCCGUCAAAAUUCACUCAGGAUGGAAGAAAAGUGGGCUAAAAAAUGUCCAAAGUUGGGUAAAAAUAUCCCUGACGCUAUUUCACUAAUGGACAUGAAAUUGGGUCGACAUGCCUAACAAGCGUAAUUCAUUCACCCUGUUGAGGUUUUUUUUCAAUUUGGCCCCUGAAGCCAGUUUGUUCCAUCACUAGGACACCCACAAAAAGUCUCAAGAUCCCAUGUCUGAAACAAUAUGGAAAAAGUCAGCCAUUUUGGUUUCAAGCAACCAUUUUAGGGUCACUAUGAGUUCUUCAGCAACAAGAGUUUUUUUUUUUUUUAUUGCUGCCUAAUUUAAACCACCAGACUGCCGGGUGAGACUAAAUCAAAAAAAGUUUGACUCUCUAAAACACCAAACUCUUGGGUCAUUUUCUCAGGGCCACAAACGUCUUAAUACGUCAGUGAGUGCGUGAUGAAGGUCUUGCCCUGAAGACAUACACACUACGGAGUCCUCCAUCUGGUGCCCUUACAGAUCAAUUGCUUCUGUAGGCUAUACGCUGCUGGCACCCUGCAAAAACUGACCAGAAGUGCAUCUUAACUACUUGGACGUGUUGAAUGAUUUCUGUGGCAGAAAAUGGACAUCAAUGAUUGGCUACAUGCUCCCCCCCUUUUGACAGUCCAGAACAUUUCUCCUCCUUCUAGCCUGCCUCUUAUUCCAGUGUGCCCUUUAAAAAAAAGACUGUGAUGCACUGAUGGAUAUCUUAUCAGAGCCGCCUUGUGGUCUCGUGGGCUUUGCAAAGAACAUCAAUGGACUUCCUAACCUGUGUAUUGAAAGGACAUUUUUGAAGUCAAACGGUGUCACCUCCUCAAGGACACAUGGUGAAGCUGGUCUUCAUUUUUUUUUUUAACUGGAGGAGGCGGGUUACUAUGGGAUGUUUAUUUAUAUGAGUGUGAAGGCAUUGUCGGGUGCGUGUUUGUGAUGCUAGCCAUUCAUUUACUUCACUUUUCCAUGUAAAUAGUUGUCACGCUCUUACUACAUUUUGCACCCAGGUGUGUGUGUGUGUGUGUGUGUCGCCGCCAUGUUGAUGUGGCGCCGCCAUUUUGUGUCUUUCACGUACACACAGGCGACGUCCAUCAUCGCCCGGCUCGCCAUCUCGCUGUCAUCUGGACCGUAGUGUGGCGUAUUGGCUGCCGGGCGCAUGCAUCAUAGGCGUCGCAUCUCCGAUAAAGGGGAAGGCUAAUAAAUGGCUGUUAUAAAUUCAGGA